GAGAGAGAGAGAGAGAGAGAGUCAAAAAAAAAAAAAAAAAAAAAAAGGGGAAAAAAUUAAAUGCAAAUGCAAAUGCAAAUGCUUUCCCAUUUCUCAUCCAAAGCCCCUUGGCUCUCACUCACUCUUCCUCGCCUCUCUUUCGCCGCCUUGUCUCUCCGCCGUCCAAGCUCCGCUUCCAAAUUCCGUUUUCGCCCCUCCCUUCCUCUAAAAUUCUCCGGACUCUCCCUCGCAUGCCACCUCAGCUCCCGCAGAGGCGUCUCCAUGGACUCGCCCUCACCGGACGUUGCCGUGUCCGUCGACUCCGUGGCGCGCGAUUUGCAGAAUCAGAGCUUGUGCAACGAUGAUAAUCACGAAGGUGAUGAUCCUAGCAACGGUUCCAACAGAGCGAGAUUGAAGCUCGAGGAUCUAACUUGGGACCACUCCUUUGUCAGAGAACUGCCUGGUGAUCCGAGGUCGGACAUUAUUCCACGCGAGGUGUUGCAUUCGUGUUACACAAGAGUAUCACCGUCGGCUGAAGUUGAGAAGCCUCAGCUUGUUGCGUGGUCAGAAUCAGUGGCUGAGUUGCUCGAUUUGGAUCCGAAAGAAUUUGAAAGACCAGAUUUCCCUCUUUUAUUUACCGGUGCAUCUCCUUUGGUGGGAGCGUUGCCCUACGCGCAAUGCUAUGGGGGACAUCAAUUUGGCAUGUGGGCUGGACAGUUGGGAGAUGGUCGGGCAAUAACACUCGGAGAAGUAAUUAAUUCCAAGUCUGAAAGGUGGGAACUACAGCUUAAAGGUGCUGGAAAGACUGCAUACAGCCGAUUUGCAGAUGGCCUUGCAGUGCUUCGUAGUAGCAUUCGGGAGUUCCUUUGCAGUGAAGCAAUGCAUAGUCUCGGCAUUCCCACAACACGUGCUCUUUGUCUUGCAACGACAGGAAAAUAUGUUACCCGAGAUAUGUUUUAUGAUGGGAAUCCAAAGGAUGAGCCUGGUGCAAUUGUCUGCAGAGUUGCCCAAUCCUUUUUGCGGUUUGGUUCAUACCAAAUACACGCCUCUAGAGGGAAAGAGGACCUUGGGAUUGUUCGUGCGCUUGCAGACUAUGCCAUUAGGCAUCAUUUCCCGCAUAUAGAGAAUAUGAGUAAAAGUGAUAGUUUAUCUUUCAGCACAGGUGAUGAAGAUCAUUCAGUUGUUGAUCUGACUUCUAAUAAGUACGCAGCUUGGGUGGUGGAGGUUGCUGAGCGUACUGCUUCAUUGCUUGCCAGAUGGCAGGGGGUUGGUUUUACUCAUGGUGUUCUGAACACUGACAACAUGAGUAUUUUGGGACUUACCAUCGAUUAUGGUCCGUUUGGAUUUUUGGAUGCAUUUGAUCCAAGUUACACGCCAAAUACCACAGAUCUUCCUGGACGAAGAUACUGUUUUGCCAAUCAGCCUGACAUUGGCUUAUGGAAUAUUGGACAGUUUACCUCUACUUUGUUAACUGCGGAGUUGAUUAAUGAUAAAGAGGCAAACUAUGCCAUGGAAAGAUAUGGAACCAAACUAAUGGAUGAGUAUCAAGCUUUAAUGACUAGAAAACUUGGUCUCCCUAAAUACAAUAAGCAGUUGAUAAGUAAACUUCUUAACAAUAUGGCCGUUGACAAAGUUGAUUAUACAAAUUUCUUCCGGUCACUGUCCAAUGUCAAGGCUGAUCUUAGCAUUCCAGAAGAGGAGUUGUUGAUCCCAUUGAAGGCUGUACUACUUGACAUGGGAAAGGAGCGCAAAGAGGCAUGGAUUGGCUGGGUAAAAGGCUACAUAGAAGAGUUAGCUGCUAGUGGCAUCUCGGAUGAGGAGAGGAAAGCCUCGAUGGAUGCAGUGAACCCUAAGUAUAUUCUUAGAAAUUAUCUCUGCCAGAGUGCCAUUGAUGCAGCGGAACAAGGUGAUUUUGGAGAGGUUAGGAGGCUGCUUAAGUUAAUGGAACGACCGUACGAUGAGCAACCAGGAAUGGAAAAAUACGCUCGCUUGCCCCCAGCUUGGGCAUAUCGGCCAGGCGUUUGCAUGCUUUCUUGUUCUUCGUGAGUUUGGGUGAUCACUAUAUUUAUACAGACACCUACCAGAAGAGUAGCUUUUAUAUUUGCUUUCUUUUACGUUUUCUGGAUCAAGAGUUAACUUAUUGUAUAUAAUAGCGAAAAUUCAGUUAUUGUUUCCUAUAAUAAUUAAUGAGCAUAGUUAAUAUCCCCUUGAUGCUGGUUA